AUGGCUUCACUAUUUAGACCCCCAGAAUCAACGAAGGGCAACCCAAAUUCGCCUAGACUGAAACUGCCUCUCCUGAAGAACAAUCAACUAAAUGAGAGUAGUAUAUUCUCAAGAUCGAACGGGAGUUCCACCUCAGUGAGCGGUCGCACUCCAGAGCCACUAACCUCCUCCACAUCGACACUUUUUUCUCAAAAUCGACUCUAUUCGAGCGAUUCUUCAAUGACUUUGAACACAAUCAAGAAGAGACCUGCUCCGCCGUCAUUGCCUUCUUUGAGCACAAGCACACAAUCCAAGCACAAAACGCGACCCCAACUCGUUCCUAUUGCCGAUGUGCCAGACUCUAGGCAGGAAUUAGGGUUGGAGCAGAAUGUACUAGCGGCAAGCGAGUUGUCAGAUAGGAAAGACAUGACUUGUUCGUCAAUGGCAAGCCCAUUAUCACAUGCGAACACCUCUUCUCCCUAUCUCAGAAAUGAUUUGAACAGUUCUGUGGAAUUAGAUCUUUCAAAUUUAAUAUCGGCAUAUGAACAGAGUUCAAGUCCAAUUAAACCACUUUGUCAGCCUGCGGCAUUUUCUGAAUCAUAUACAGACUUGAACAGAGUCCAAGACGUUGAUCAAUUGGACGAAAAUGGUUGGAAAUAUACAAAUUUAAAGGAUAGAAUAGAGUCACUAGGUAUCCUAGGAGAGGGCGCCGGUGGCUCCGUAUCCAAGUGUAAGCUGAAAAAUGGCUCCAAAAUAUUUGCUUUGAAAGUGAUUAAUACAUUAAAUACGGAUCCCGAGUACCAAAGGCAAAUCUUUAGAGAAUUACAGUUUAACAGAAGCUUCCAGUCCGAAUACAUCGUACGGUAUUAUGGAAUGUUUACAGAUGACGAAAAUUCUUCGAUAUACAUUGCAAUGGAAUACAUGGGCGGCCGAUCUUUGGAUGCAAUUUACAAAAACUUGCUAAAACGUGGAGGCAGGAUCAGUGAGAAGGUCCUCGGGAAAAUAGCAGAAGCAGUGCUAAGAGGACUGUCCUAUCUGCAUGAAAAAAAAGUUAUUCAUAGAGAUAUCAAACCACAAAAUAUUUUAUUGAAUGAAAAGGGACAAGUAAAGCUUUGCGAUUUUGGAGUCAGUGGAGAAGCCGUGAACUCACUGGCUACAACAUUCACCGGAACCUCCUUCUAUAUGGCUCCGGAAAGAAUUCAAGGCCAACCAUAUAGUGUUACAUCUGAUGUAUGGUCACUUGGACUUACAAUUUUAGAAGUGGCGAACGGUAAAUUUCCAUGUUCUUCAGAAAAGAUGGCAGUAAAUAUAGCUCCAUUUGAACUAUUGAUGUGGAUCUUGACAUUUACUCCUGAAUUAAAGGACGAGCCCGAAUCCAAUAUCAUAUGGAGCCCAUCAUUUAAGUCUUUUAUUGAUUAUUGCUUGAAGAAGGAUAGUCGUGAACGUCCUUCUCCAAGACAAAUGAUAGGCCACCCCUGGAUAAAGGGGCAAAUGAGAAAAAAGGUCAAUAUGGAAAAAUUCAUCAAGAAAUGCUGGGAAGAUUAA